CAGCUUGCUUCGGCAAGGGUGAUAUCAUCGCACCGCCCGUUAUUGCGAUAUUAACAAGGACAUUUGUUGCAGUCAACAUGAGCGAUUCUUGUGCUGAAGACCUCAUGAAGGUGGCAAUUGACGAGGCGUGCCGUGGUGUCACAAUGGGCGAGGGUGGCCCGUUCGGAGCUGUCGUAGCACGAAACGGGGAAAUCAUAUCGAGGGGGCACAACCAAGUCUUGCAAACCAAUGACCCAACGGCACACGCCGAGGUAGUGGCCAUCCGCAAGGCAUGCGCGAAGCUAGGCCGAUUCUCCCUUCACGACUGUGUCCUCUAUUCGUCAUGUGACCCAUGUCCGAUGUGCUUCUCUGCAAUCCACUGGGCUAAGAUCCCUCGCUGCGUCUAUUCAGGCUCUCCAGAUGACGCAGCUGCAGUCGGCUUUGACGAUCGUUUUUUGUAUGACACACUUCAGGGCAAGGCAGAGGAAAAGAAAUGUAACUUUGAGGAAGAAAAGCACCCCGAUAGUGACAUUCCGUUCAACCUCUAUAUCAAAGCGCUCGCUAUGGACAAGUCAGGAAGGUAUUAGAUGUGUUUUGUCUUAUCUCACUCGCACGUGA